AUGAUAAUUGUUCAAGGCACACUUGUUACACUUCAAGCUCUGAAACUCGGAAUAUGGGUAUCCUUACUUGUAGGAGUCCUCACACUAGGCUGUGCAUGUGAUGAAAUCAUCCCAAGCUUUGCAGUCUCUAUCAUUCCAUUUAUAAUUGCUCUCACAAUCGUCCCAAUUUUGAUUCAUGUCUUCCUGAACUUUUUAUCUCAAGGUGCAAACUUAUUUGCAAAACCAAUCUUACUAUUCUGGGCCUAUGCUAUUUCAGUCUCACUUAUCGUAUUUACGAUCCUAGGGAGCUUAUCACUUGACGGUGUCCUUAACCUCUCACUCACAAUUGUUUUCAGCCCUCUUUGGUUCGCACUUGCCUGUUUCUUUCUAUUUUCAGUAUUUAUCGCUGAAGUGCUUGUAGAAAAUGACUAUAAAAGAGUGUCUGUUUUAUUAUUUACAUGGACAAUCGCGCUUUACAUUUUUUCAUUUAUGUGGAUGGGGCAUAUAACCAACAAGUCCCCAGGGAUUUUUGCGUUUGUGCUGACUCCUAUUUAUGUCGCGAAUCUGAUUCACAUAAUCAUGUAUGUAAACGAGCUUGUGAACAUGAAAAGAACUUUAGGGACAGUAAAUAUCAAUACUCAAGAACUGCUGUGCAUUUUGAUGCUCCCUUGUUUUGCAGCUCUGCUGAUGGUUAAAAUCUACACAGCGCCUUGAAUCCCUGCUUUGACACUUGUAGGGCAAUUUGCUGCAGUUUUGAUAUUCUGCUUUUAUAAAGAUGCACAAAGCAUAUGGGUCAGAAAUGAUAAUAAAAACAGUUACGAGACGAUUUCUUAA